CGCGCGCGCGCUGCCUCAGGGCCCGGGCCGGCGCCUCCCGCCGCCGAAUGCUGCUGGCGGAGGCGCGCGCUGCCACAGCAGCUCCCGGCGGGCUCCGUGUCACGACAGACAGACUGAGGGACUGACUGACGGGCUGAGGGACUGACUGAGAGACUGAUGGGCUGGUGCCCGGCGCUGUGGCUCGCAGCAGAAUCCCGAUGUAUCGCAGCAGCUCUUGGGGACGUGCCCCCGGGUCACGGUCCGCAGCCGUGCCCCGCGCGAGGCGGUGUCACCUCCCCAACACCUGGGCAGCGGCCCCCCCGUGUCACCAUUCUCUUCCCCCCUGCUAGUAGGCCCGAGGCUUGGAACCGAGCUCUGUGGGCAGAGAUGGUGUCAGGCGAACAAAACCGCAGCGAUAGAGUCCAGCGCUCUGUGGAAGUGACCCAAAGUGACCCCAACUGCCCUGCGGUUUUGUUUCCUUAAGCACUUCAAGUAGCGCCGGCAAGAAAUGGAGUGCGGUAGCGACGAAGGAAACUCAGAACUUCCCUAUUUGGCUUGCAACUUAAACUCUUCUCAUGAAAUAUAGAAUGAUCAUUUAACUCUUCUCUUUGUGCAAUAUUAUCAUAUUUUCUGGCUGCUUCAAAAGAAACUUCCUCUACUCUAUUGCUGUACUUCAUUGUAUUAGCUUUUCCUGCCUUAUAAACUUCACUUUUAAAUACUUUCCUCAACUGUAUGCCUCAACUCUCACUCAAGGUCACAAUCUCAGUCUCUUGCAAUUGCUGUGUUCUCCUGUUUCCUCUCAGUUCACAGGAAAGCCAUCUGUACAACAUGGCCCUCCACACAGCUCCUUUGUAAUCUUUUUAUCAUGAUGUCAGCAAAAAUACCCUCCCAUCCUAAAGAGCUAAACUUCACUACAAUAUGGAAUGCAAUGCCAUGCAGGGAUUUCUAUGGCCUGGCCCCAGUCUUCUGCAGGAUGCCAGCACUACUGCAGUUAUUGAUCUCCUCUGGAGAGCCAAGGAAUGAUAUCACAGAAAGAUGGAGCUGUGCUUCGAGGUGGUUAUCUCUCAGGUGGAUUUGUACUUAAAGCUGUUCCCCUUUGAGGACCUCCUGCCCUGGUUCAGUGAUGUGGUUCUUGGAAAAAAUUAGAGCAUCACACGAAAAUGGAAACCUUCUUAGCUCCUCCUACCUGGGACUGCCACCUGGCCAAAAUCUGCCUGAAAAAGCCCGACGGGGGGUUGCUGCUUUUCCUAAUGUUCUUACCCCUGACAGAAUCCCUGAAUUCUGCAUUCCCCCCAGACUGACCAGCUCCAGCCUUGCUAAGGGCACCAGCCCCCCCCAGGACCACAGUUCAAAGGAUGCAGAUCCCAAUUCUGACUACAGUCCCAGCUCUUCCUUGCCACACCUCAUCCAGGUGGAGAGUGCUGAAGAGAUCCCAGCUUUGGAAGAAGAAAGUACCAAUUCAGACCCACAGUCCCAAGCAGCACUCUCCCUGCCUCAUUUCCCCAGAGCCCCCACUUCAUAUGGGUUCUGCACUUUGCUGGAGAGUCCCCAUACCAGGAGAAAGGAGUCCAUCUUCCAUGGGGACUCAAAUGGUACUCUGCCCAACCUGAUGCUGUCUCGAUCCAGAGCUAACACAUUCAGUGGCAAGGGGAGUAUGUCUAACCCCAUUGCCAUCAGCUUUGCUUCUGUGAGGCUGCCUCCCAAGCAUCUCUCUCUGCACAGGCAAGGUGCUUGUGACAGUGAUACUGCUUCUUCCUCCAGUGAUUCCUCUCCUUUCAGCUCCCCACUUCUCAGCAGGUCACCUCCCAGAUCCUGCUCCCUGAUCAAAACACAAAGUCAGGAGGGAUUGCUCUGCCGGGCGCUGAAAGCCAGGAACAAAUCCAGCAUGGCCAGGAACAAUUCUCUCUCUACAGAGGAGAGCAGCUCCACUGACAACAGCCCCAGAGCCAUCAGGAGAGCCUCGGAGGGGCUGCUGGCCACACAGCACUUCAGCAUGUCCUGUUCUCCCAUCUUUCCUCUGGAACUGACCCGCAGCCGGGAGAGGCUGGUGGGAGAGAGCACGGUGGUGAUGGACAAGGGGGGCAUCUUGAGGCUGUCAGCUGAGUACUGCUCAGAGAAUGAAAGGCUGCGGGUCCGCCUGAUCAGUGCAGAGGGUUUGUAUGAUGACUCUGUAGAGCCCAAAAACAUAAACUGCUGUGUCACGUUCUCCCUGGUGCCAGGGAAAACACAGAAACAAAGAAGCACUGUUAUCAAGAGAAGCAGGAAUCCCAUCUUCAAUGAGGACUUCUUUUUUGAUGGCAUUGCAGAAGAAGAGCUUUACAGCCUCUCUGUGAGGAUGAAAGCAACAAAUAAAGGAUGGAGCAUGAAGCGGGAUUACACCUUAGGAGAGCGGGAGUUGUCUUUAAUGAGUAUGUUAUCAGUGUAAUACUCCAAACAUUCAAACAGACUAAUUUUGUCUUUUGGAAGCUUUCUACUAAAUAAAGUUCUGGGUUGACUUCCUU